CUUUCGCUGACAUCUAUUGCCCUUUAAACGGCUAGCAUCCUCUUGUUUGUCAAAGAGCUUUACAGCAGCAGCAGUCAUGAGCCUCUCGACAGCUAUGGCCUCGCUGAUGGCCACCUUUGACAGGUACGCAGCUGUCGAAGGAAAAAAAGACACCCUGACCAAACUUGAGCUGAAGAACCUGGUGGAAAACGAGAUGCCCUGUCUCAUUCAGAAAGCAAAGAACAGUGAUGGCCUGGAGAAGCUGAUGAAGGACCUGGACCGCAACAAAGACUCUGAAGUCACCAUCGAAGAAUUCCUCACGUUCGUCUGCUCUCUGACCUGUGUAUGUUACAAAUAUAAAUGAGUUAGCUGCACUUGUGGGUGGAAUCCAAAGGCACAAUGCCAUCAUUUUAGUUGCUGAAUAAAAAGAGUCUGUAACUCUCAAUAU